ACGGCUUCUGGUUUCCUGAGUCUGUUGUGAGGAGGAAACUGCACACCAGGUGCUGGAGAAGCAAAGUGUCGGGGCAAAACCUCCCUCCACACACCCUGAGGACAAGUGGGCAGGAGGGACGCCAUGAUCACAGAGUUCCUGUUCCUGCUUUGCCUUGGGCUUUGUCUGGGCUAUGAAGAUGAGGAAAAGAAUGAAAACCCUGAUGCAAGCGGACCUCCCCCAGUAAAAACAGACACCACAGUCAUCUUCGUCGCCACCUUCAGCUGCCUCUCCCUCUUACUCCUCUUCCUUGCUGUCUUCUUCAUCUACAGAUGCAGUCAGCACGGUUCAUCACAUGGAGAAUCCACCAAGAGAACCAGCCAUUCCGAAUUUCCCAAGCAGGAGAAAACAGAUUUAUUCAACCUAGAAAGAAUAUCUGAAUCGGCUGGAGACCGCCCAGAGGUGACCUAUGCCCAGCUGAACACCAACGCGCUGUCUGAGACAGCGUCCAGCCCUGCCGAGAUGUCCCCAGAAUCUUGUGACUAUGCAACACUGAAGGAGUAGAAGGACAUUAGGAACUGAAGGAAGGGCUGCUUCCCCGCGAAGGAGAUUAUGGAUUAAGAUGGCUGAGAUGACUGGACACAUGGAAAUCUAGGUGACUCUGUGUCCUGGGGUCAUAAUUCAAAAUAAUAAAAUUAAGUUCUUCUCUUUU